ACUCAAGAAUGGACAUAUUUUGCCACUUUGAAAACAACACACAGAAUAAUGGCAGUGAGUUUGGCCAUGUACUCUAUGUGAUGGGCUGGGGAGUCUUUUCCUUGGGCAUCCCAGUCAUCUUCCUGGCCAUCUAUCUACUCUACUGCCUGAUCUGUGCUAACCACAUUGCGCCCAUCUACGUCAUCAAUUUGCUGAUCUCGGACCUCCUUCAGAUGUGUGUUGCACCAGUCAUGCUCCAGCGCUACUGUAAUAUUGUGGUGCUGAUUAUUAACUUUGGCCUGACUGCAAGUGUGGGCUUCAUGGUGUGCAUUGCUCUGGAGAGGUACCUGGUGGUUGCCUUUCCCCUCUGGUACCGUUUCCGACGCAAUGUUAAGUAUUCCUUCAUUGUGUCGUCCAUCGUCUGGCUGUUUCCCUUCGUCGAGGUCAUCAUCCUAUCCGUCAUGCCGUAUGAGGCCGGGCUGAUCCUGAACUCUGUCUUGACCCUGAUCCCUGUCCCCCUGAUGAUCUUCUUCUUGGUGGGAACGCUGAGAGCUCUGUCCGGUUCCAUUUCUGUUCCCGUCCUGGAGAAGAGACGCAUUAUUGGCACGUUGGCACUGGUUCUGGGGAUCUACUGUCUUCUCUUCCUCCCACGAGUCAUGCAGGACCUGUUGAUUGCUGUGCGGAGCCCUGUGAAGUCACAUCUGGGAGGCAUCCUGGUGAUGUUCAGCCCCUUGGUGGAUCCCCUCCUCUAUGUGUUUAUGAGGAAUGGGACCAAGGACAUACUGAUGACCUGUUCCUGUCCCUGUCUGGAUCGGCUGUUGCCUGGAGAGCACAACCUUACCCAGACCACCACGACUGUGACUGAUAAUCCCACUUCACUGUGACUGGAACCUUGUGAGGAGGAGAUGAGAUAGAGCACAAAGGGUUUGGUUGCAGGAACUGUGGUACUAAAAUCAACUAAAUAAA